AUGCGGAGCCGUUACCAAGACGGUAAACCCAGGGCCACACUGACAACAGUAACAACAAUCAUACCAGUAGGGGGCAGUGUGACACUGACCUGCUCUGUGGGGAGAUCUGCUGAGUGGAAAUAUGAGUGGUUCAGACGCACCCAAAGAACCACUGAAGUUCAAAUCAGAAGAGAUGAUCAACCAAACAGAGUUAUCAGAGUAUCUCAAGGAGGAAUCUACAGCUGCAGAGGAAUAAUAAGACACCGACAUUACAUUUAUGAAAGUGAUGAAGUCAUCAUUGAGAUAACCUUUUCCAAUAAAGUUGCUGUAAAACAACAACAACACAACUGGCCUCAGAUAUUCAGCGGUGAGACGAUCACUCUGACAUGUGAGGUGCAGGAAGGAGGUGAACCCACUGAGUGGGAGUAUGGAUGGAGAGGACCCAGGCAAACCACACAGUGGACACACAAUAAUUCUUUGACAUUCAGAGUUUCUGAGUCCAGCAGUGGAGACUACAUGUGUAAGAGUCGACGCAGAGAUGACUCAUAUUCUUCAACAGAGUGGAGUGAAGCCUUCACACUGUCAGUAACAACAGGUAAACCCAGAGCCACACUGACACUACAAAGCUCAAUCAUACCAGCAGGGGGCAGUGUGACCCUGAGCUGCUCUGUGGAGGGCUCUGCUGGCUGGAAGUUUGACUGGUUCAGACGUGAUUCAGUCUCUACUGAAGCUCAGCUCAUGAGAGGAAAUGAAGCAAAGAGAGAUAUUAGAGUCUCACAAGGAGGUCUGUACCACUGCAGAGGAGGGAGAGGAGAUCCAGCUUUCUUCUCUGAGGACAGCAAUGAAGUCACUGUGGAGGAAACUCUGUCAAACAAAGCUGUUGUGACUCUGCAUCCAAACUGGCCUGAGAUAUACAGAGGAGAGACGAUCACUGUCAGAUGUGAGAUCCAUGGAGGAGACACUGAGUGGGAUUAUGAAUGGAAAACAAGCAGCUACAGAAAACCUGAAAAUCAAAAUGAAUACAGGAUUAGACCUGCUACAACAAUCAACAGUGGAAACUACCGCUGUAAGGGCCGAAUGAAAAGUUCACAGCAUAAAACAACAGAGUGGAGUGAUUCAGUCACACUGACAGUUUCUGACAAUAAACCAAAGGCUGAACUGAGAGCUGAUAACACAGCUGUUCCAGUAGGGGGCAGUGUGACCCUGACCUGCUCAGUGAGAUCAUCAUCUGGAUGGAAAUACUACUGGUACAGAGAUGAGAAACACUCUGAACCUCUGACCACACAAGAUGCAGUUUUCCUCUCAAAUGGACAAAUCAGAGUCUCACAGGAAGGACUCUACAGGUGCAGAGGAGGAAGAGGAGACCCAGUUUACUACACAGAGGACAGUCAGUCAGUCUGGAUUGGGAAAACUGGUGAGUUUGGAUUCAACACACAGUGUUGA